AUGGCCUGGAUCUCAAGAGGCCAAUCCAGUUUCGUCCAAGACACUCCCAACGGCCACACAUCCGCCGUCCCAGCCAUCGCCACCCACCGCGGCUCUCUCUGGUGUCUCUGGAGCGAUCCAUCCGGUGAUCUCUACUAUGCCACCGGCGACAACGACACUUUCCAGACGCGUCUCCGUUUUCCCGAUCAAGGAAUCCCCGUGAUGGCCGAGCUCCUCGGUCGUCUGCAUGCCAUCAUCGUUAGAGCAGAUGGAGAAAUCGCACACUACGAAUAUGACGAUGUGGAGAAAUUAUGGGGGGCUCCUGCUCUUCUAGAUAAACAAAUAGGACUCUGGACGAAUACUACACCGGCGCUGAUCAGUCAUCAUAAUAAUCUAAUGUUGGUGUAUAUCCAAAAUUCCUACUUGUAUUACUCAACGUGGACUCUAGGUUCUGAAGAUCAAGCAGUAUGGAAGUAUCCCCAGGAAGUUAGCGGGAUUAGUAAAGUAUCUGGGAUCCCCGCGGUAUUUGUGUUGAAUGGGGAUUUGCACGCCCUGUGUUCUUCGGCGGAGGAGGAUCAUGUGAUUCUCGGAUUCAAAUAUUCAUUGCCGGAAGAUGUGUGGAAUAGUUGUGAUGAUGUGAGUGAGGGAAAAGCAGCACAGGGUGUUUCGGCUACUUCGUAUGGUGAUAGUGCGUUUUUGGCUUUUCAGGAAAAUGGCCCCGGAGAUACUUCGCAUGUGAUUUAUAUGAGCGAGUAUAAAGAUGGGAUGUGGCAUCCGCAAGAAGCGAUCGCGGGACAGACUUCGUUUGAUCCUCCGCAGUUGGCGGUGCUGAAUGGAAGGGUGAAUUGUAUAUUCAAUUCGAAUGAUGAGAGUAGGGAGUUAUUGUGGUAUUCUCGAUCUUUGCUAGAUUACUCACUCAGCUCUUGGAUGGCGGAAAUCCCAGAUGAUACUUUGUUAUCCGAUAUGACUAUCCCAGGAACCCACGAUAGCUGCGCAGAAUCCAACAUUCCCUUCGUGCGCACCCAAUACCUCUCCAUAUCCUCCCAGCUCACAGCCGGCAUCCGCUUUCUCGAUCUCCGCGUACGCGUGCACACCGAAGACGGUCAACUCUACAUGUACCACGGCGGCAUCCCCAUCAACCUACCAUUCUAUCUCAAAUUCGACUUCGUCAUGCAGGAAGUAUUCGAUUUCCUCUCUCAACACAGCCAGGAAACAAUUUUAAUCUCCAUAAAAAACGACGAUACAUCGAACAAAGAACCUCCCGAGGUAUUCUACAGCGCCGUCGCAAAACAUAUAACAUCCAUCCCGCCCUACCCAUCCGGAAAACCUCGCUGGCUGACAGUGAACAAACCCGAAACACUAGGUGACGCGCGGGGAAAAGCAGUAUUACUACGUCGCUACGAAUGCGCUCCCGAUCUAUCGGCAGACGAGAAAAUGGGCCUAGAUCUCAGCGGCUGGGUGGACAAUAAUCCUGAUUUUACGCUCCAAACCGAAAGUGGCGCGAAAAUCCAUCUACAAGAUAAAUGGGAAUACUCCGACAUCAUUCUGCUCAAGGGAUUGGUCGAGAGUAAAUACGAAUACGUGGUGCGGAUGUUGGAGAAAGCGAGAGAGGGAGCGAGGGAAGAGUGGUUUGUGAAUUUUAUGUCUGCGGUGGGGGAUCCGGUGCGCAAGGGGGAGGUGGCGGAGAGUCAUUGGAUAGCAGUAGGCGCACAUAGUAAACUCAUCGGGGCUUUUGUCCAAGGCAUGAAUCCAACUCUCCGCCUAAAUUUCGAUUGGGGAAUCAAGAAACGAUAUGGCAUUAUUCCUAUGGAUUAUCCGGAACUGCCGAAAGAUUCGGAUUUGGUGGCUUUGAUGAUUGGGUCUAAUAUGUAG